GUGGGGCCUGGGAAGGGCGAAGAGAAACUAUAGUAGCCGCCGCAGCCACCUCCCAGAGAGAGGGUUGGGGGCUGACGAACUCAUCGCCACUUUGUCGUGUCGCCGGUGGAAUGGAUUUAUCGCCAACAAAAUCCAUAGAUGUAGAUCUGAAGAUAACUAAUGUGUACUGCCACCCAAAGGACAUUCUUGUGAAAUUUCAGGGCUCUUAUAACACAGACUGUGAGUUUGACUACCAUAUAUUACAAAAUGAAAUACAACAGGUAUCCAAAGUGAAAGACUGUGUUGGCUUUGGUGAGUUUUGCUUAGUAGAAGAUCCAGAUUGUCGGGAAUGGUAUAGAGGAAAAGUAAUACAAAAGAAGAACCACAUGUAUGAAGUAUUUCUGAUAGACAAUGGGAAAAAAUUGGCAGUUCAUGAUACAUAUGUUGCAUCUACAAUUGAUGAAUUGUUUCAGCUUCCUCCAAAAAUGGUUUGUGGAAUCUUUGCAAAUGUACUUCCUAUUGAAGAAAAGUGGUCUCCCAAGGCUCUGAAUUACUUUUCAUCCUUAACAGAUUUGCAACUUAAUGGCUACAUGCAAGCCAUUAUGCCACACCAAACAUUGCUUCUUGAUGUGCCAAAAGUUACUAGAGAUGUUGUAGAACUGAAAUUAGGAAAACUUGUUGAUGGCGACUCAUUCCAUCUUAUAGUAGAACUGUUAACUGAAUUGCCAGAAGAGCCCUUAUAUAAACAAAUGCCAGAUGUAACUGAAAAGAAAUAUGCAAGAUUGGACUCGGUGUUUUGUAAUGCUAGGAUUCAACCAGAUUUUCAACCCAUGUUUGGUCAGCUACAGCCACUUUUAUCAGUUGGUGGAGUAGAACUAGCAAAAAUAUCAGUGGCAAUCAGUCCAAGUAAAUUUUAUUGUCAGCCCAUGCAACGUCUAAUGGAGCUUGAUGAAUUGACAAGCAGUAUGUCUUCAUAUUAUGAAACUAUUAAUAGAGAAAAGAUUCCAUCCUGUGACAGUCUGGGAGUCCUCUGUGCAGCCAAACGAAAAGAUGGUCAGUGGUACAGAGGAGUAAUACAACAGCUCCUUUCUGAUAACAGCGUGAAGGUUUGGUUUGUGGAUAUUGGCAGUUGUGAAGCUAUGCCUUCCACUUGUGUUCUGAAGCUUCAGUCAAAAUUCAUAUUGAUACCUACAUUUUCAUUUCCUUGUGCUCUAUCAUGUCUUAGUGACCAGAAUGAUUCUGUCAGAAACAGUCAGCUAAAAGAAUUUAAGGAGGCACUUUUAAGGCAAAGUAUGGUUUAUGUCUAUAUUGACUUAUUCAGUGCUGAUGAACAUUUGUAUUAUGUUACACUGCAUAAGCAUGAAGCACUUACAGGUGGUGAAUAUCUGCCGCAGAGAAAUGAUGGACUUCCAAAAUAUGAUUCUUCCUUCAAGACAAAAAUUGCUGACAGGGAUGGGGACAUGAGAAUUUCUGGUGCCAGCCCUGUUUUGUCUGAACCUGUUCACAGGAAUAUGUUACAAUUUGGAAAUUGUUCAAAUACAAAGGGCUGCUCCUUAAAUGCUGUUUUAGCAACACCUUACAAGACAGCAGAAAUGAAAAUAGGUUCUAUCUGUGUUGCUUUUGUAGAGUAUGUACUGAAUCCUUCAAAUUUUUGGGUUCAAACUAACUAUAAUGUAGAUGAAUUUGAAACCUUGAUGUGUAAAAUUUCAGAUGCAUAUGAUACGGGUGAAAUUGGUGAUAAGAUUCUAGAAAAUCCAGAACCUGGAAUGCUGUGCUGUGCACGCUACAGUAAGGACAUGCAUUUCUAUAGGGCUGUCAUUGAGGAAGUGGAUUGCAAUGGUAUUACUGUUUAUUUUUUGGAUUUUGGAAAUACUGAAACAGUGCCAACUUUUGAUGUGAGAACUCUUCUUCCAGAGUUCCAGAAGCUACCAGCAUUAGCCAUAUGUUGUUCACUUGCUAGUGCGUUUCCUGUUGAAGAUAUAUGGAUUAGAAAGGAAACAGACUUCUUUAAAAACUUGGUGUUUGGCAAACCAAUCACACUUCAUGUUGUUGGAAAGCAAAACAAUAAGUACAGUGUCAAUAUGCAGUGUAUGAAUGGCUCAGAGCAAGCUGAUGUUCUCAUCUCUAUGGUUCAGGCUGGAUUUGCUGAAUGUUGGCAAGUAAAGCCAGAUCCAUUGCUGAACAUUAUAAAAGAUUCUAAGGAACAAGACUCAAAACUCAGAAGUAAAAGCAUGCAGCGUAAAAACCUUACGCAGAAUAAUGUGGUAGUACGUGGAAAUGUUAAUCAAUUGCUAAAUACUUAUCCUUUGACAAAAAAGGCUACUGCUGAUUUCCCACGAUGGGAGAAAAUACUUUCAGAGAAAUAUGGGAAAAUGUCUAGGGAAAAUAAUACUAUGUGCCCUUAUAAAACGCAUCAGUUUAAACCAGGAACUGUCCUCAGUGUUAUAUGUUGUCAUAGUACUUCACCAGGUGACUUUUCAUGCCAGCUGCAGGCUAAAUUACUAGAGCUAAGUAACUUAAUGGAUCAAAUUCAGAUUUAUUAUAAGACUUAUACCAUACCAUAUCAAAGUGGACAGCUUGCCUGUGUUGUAAAAGAUUCUGUGGAUGGAAAGUGGUACAGAGCUAUCAUUCUGAAAUACAUAUCCAAAAUCAGAAUUGAAGUUGUACUAGUAGACUAUGGGAAACAAAUAAGUGUUUUUCUGGAAGACAUUCAGGCUAUUCACCCAGAUUUUCUGACCUUGGAAUGUCAAGCAUUCAGAUGUUGUCUUAGUAGUGUAACUCAGUUGUUAAAGUUUGAUCCAGAUAAUUGGACUGCAAAGGCAUAUGAUGAUUUUAAAUCCUUCAUUUCUUCUUCCAAUGGACUGUUGACUUGCACCGUUUUAGCCCUUAUUAUUAAGAGCCCUGGCUGCUUAUAUAAUGUGGUUGAUUUGUGGACUCCAUCUGUCAGAGCACAGCAGUUUCUCUUAGACUGUGGCCAUGACCAAUUCUGUUCUCUCAAAUACCCAAGAUCACUUGCACGGCCAUUUUCUUUAUAUAGCUUUUACUAUUCAUCCUUUGAUACAGACAUUGGAAAUAUAGAGGGCGUAUGUGUAACCCAUAUAAACAGCCCUACAAAAUUCUUUUGCCAGCUAAAUAGAAAUGCAGGUGAUAUUGAUAAUCUGUUUCAAAAAAUCUCAGAGAUCAGUCACAUGGCAAGCUGUGUUGGCCAAAUAAACACCUGCAGAUUAUAUUUAGCCAAAUAUUUUGAAGAUGGCCUCUUUUACAGGGCCUUGGCAUCUCCUAUAGGAUCAUCAGAUUAUGUGGCUGUGUAUUUUGUGGACUUUGGGAAUAAACAAGUGGUGGCAAAAGAUGAACUGAUUAAUAUUCCAGAUCAUGCCUCAGAAACAUUAUUCACCCCUAUGCAAGCUAUCAAGUGUUGCCUGUCAGAACUCAAAGAUACUGAAAUUCCAGUUGAAAUAAAUAAAUGGUUUGAGAAAAAUUACUUGGGUAAAGAACUAAAGGCAGUAAUAAUAGCUAAAGACUCUGAUGGCCAGCUUGCUGUGGAGUUGUAUGAUAACCAACUACAAAUAAGUAAGCAGAUUAAAGAAUUAUUAUUAGAGAGUACAACAGAGAGUAAUGAGGAUCCAAAAUAUAUAAAAAGUGUCAUAGAAAAGCCUCUUGAGGUCCAAAAUGUGAAACCUAAAGAAAAGAUAACUGCAGUUAACAGAGAAAUCAAGAAUAAAAUAAAUUCUUGUCAUCAGAAUGAUGGUGAUGUACAUGUUGAAUAUGGAAAAGAAACUGUGAUUGAUCUGCAAAAACGGCGCAUUAGGUCUGUACAAGUAGACUGUGAAAAUACAGAAUUGGUCUUGCAAAACACUAUGGGAGAGAAAAAUAAAAGUACAAGUGGAGAACAAGUGGAGAUGCCUGACCCAUCAGAAUUCAAGGAGAUGUCUACAGAUAAUAUAACUGAAUCACAUAUCCAUCAACUAAGCCCUUCAGAACAAGAAAGGAAUACUUCUGCCAAGCAAAAGUACAGAGAUCUUGUACAAUGUAACAUUCAGCUGAAUUCUGAAGUCAUGGUUUAUGUUUCCUUUGUAACUAGUCCAUCAGAUUUCUAUAUUCAUCUUAAAAUAGAUGAGGAUAAAAUUUUGCAGCUUGCUGAAGAACUGAAUAGUUGCAUACUGGAUUUAGAGCAACAAACUGACAUUGAGGAAGAUGACAUAGUCUUAGCAGAGUAUGAAGUUGAUCAUUGCAUAUACAGAGCUGUUAUUACGGGAGUUAAAUCAGAAGCAUUCUAUGAAGCCGAAUUCAUUGACUAUGGUAACUCAUCAAUUUUGAAUGCAUCCAAAAUCUAUAAGAUAGGGAAACAAUUCUUAAAUUUACCAAGACUGAGCAUACCCUGUUUCAUUAGUCAUGCAAAAUGUAUGUUGCCUGGUAAAAACUGGAGUAGUGAUAUUACUGCUUAUUUUGUCAGUAAAGUAAAUAACCAACAAGUAAUUUGCAAGUUUCUACAACAACAUGAAGAACAAUGGGAGGUUGAUCUGUUCUGUCACGGAAUAUCUGUUAUUCAAGAUUUAAAGCAGUUGGAAGUUAGUCUAGGUUUACAGAACAUGCCCAUGUUAGAUACAGAAGAAAUCACAGCAUUGCUGUCAGUGGCAAAUGCAGGUACUGAUGGUAAUGACCAAAGUUAUCAAAUAGUAUAUAAAGAAUAUGAGUCUAGACAUACUAUGGAAUGUUUUCCUAAAAUUACCUAUCAAAAAAUAAACUCUGGACAGCUAGAAAAUGCUGAAAUAGGUCAUAUUUCCAGAAAUGGGUACUUCUACAUAAAAUUAAAGAAGGAUAUGCAAACAUUGCUUAAUUUGAAUAUGGUGGCUACUCAGGAAGUAGAUCAAAUGCCAGUUGCAGUGGAACAUAUUCAAGAAGGAUUAGAAUGUCUGACAAAAUCAAAAAUAACUUUCAAAUGGUAUCGAUCUGAAGUUAUAAAAAAGUUUAUGAAUGAGAGCAUGCUGGUUUUUUUCAUGGAUUUGGGAAUAUAUGAAAUUGUAUCAAUCAGUGACACAAGGAGGCUGAGUAGCAAACUGAGGAGUAUUCCCAGGAGUGCAGUACCUUGUAAAUGGGUUUGGAUUGAAAAUGUAGAUUGCCUGGCUUUUGAGAGAGUUCUGAAGAUGUUAAAAGGUCAGGAAAUAAAGAUUUUAUUUGUGAGAUACCUAGAAUCUCUUUUAAUUUGGCAAGUAGACAUUUUAGUGAAUGGGAUUCUAUUGCUGGAAUGUUGGCCUCAGAUACCUAAUCAAGUAAUGUUAGAGGAAUGUAACUUAUUGGGAGGUUUAAAUAAUGUGAAAACAACAGUACCCAAGUAUUCAUUUAGGUGGAGUUCAAUUUCAUGGGCAGAGUUUCAGAAUAAUAGGCAUUAUCCUGGUUUUGUCACAUCAGUCAGUGAUCCUUCAAGCUUUUGCAUUCAGUUAGAAGACUCAUUUAAAACUAUGGAAGUAUUGUUUAAGCUACUCUCUGAUCUGCCAGAAAACUUGCCGACUAUGCCAAAAGAUCUUGUUUGUAUUGGUACAAGCUGCUUGAUAAAGACUGAGCCUAAUAAAAAAUGGAAUAGAGUUGAAGUUUCUGAAAUCUCAGAUCAGUUCAUGCUUACAUUUGUAGAUGAUGGAAUAUUGGCUCCCAUCCCCAUCUCAGAGUUCCACAGGCUAAAAGUUAUCCCAGAAAAGCUUGUGAAUUUACCUCGACUAACUUACCCUUGCUGUUUAUUUGGAGUGUCACCUGUUUUUGGGGAACAGUGGAACGAUGAGGCUAAAUGUAAAAUUCAGCAGUUUCUUAGUAGACAAGGUCUUCUAUUCCAAUUCAGACGCUACUGUGGGAUGAAGAUGGAGGUAGAUGCGUUAUAUGAGGGGAUCAGUGCAGCAGAUGUAUUGGUUGCUUCUGGAUGUGCUGUGUAUUCUUUCAUGUCAAUUAACUGGGUAGAAUUUAAUGUGUUGAAUUCACAAAUUUUGCUUGAUCCAUUGCAAUUGGGUAGUCAGCAAAGCUCUAAUGUAAGGAGAACCUUACAGCCAAGAAAGGAAGAGGACAAAAAAAAAUCAGAUUUGGUGUUCAAGUAUACUUCUAACAAAUACCAAGGAGGGAGCAGCUCUAAAAAAUUGUCUAAGAGACAGCAGAAGAAGAAGUUAGCUUUACUCAGCAAAAGAAGAAAACAUGAGGAUCUUCUGAAGUAUAGCUGGUCCUUCAUUGGCCAAUGUUGUCACACAGAGAGACUGAAGAAAACUUAUCACACAGGUGAAUCAGCAAAAACGACACAUGAGAUGCCCGACCCUUCUGGAUUGAGUACCAUUCUAGAUGUGAUGAAAAUUUCUGAUGAGAACCCUUCAAGUAAACACUGUACUAGAAAGGUGAAAGUUGAUUAGAUGGAUUUCUACAUUUGAGCACAAGUAGUGGAUGUGGAUACUGAUGAACAGAUAAACUUUCAUGUGUGAAAAACUGAAAAUACAUAUUCUUAAAUGUAAAAAUCUUUAAUGGAAUUUAGUUUUUUGCAUUGUUGUCUUCUCUUGAAUAAGCUUGAAAAGUUGGAUCUCUGAUCUACAAUGCUGGCUAUGAGCUGGCUGCACUGCGCAGCCCUAAAGCAGAGCUAUGCCUUUCUAAGCUCACUGACUUCAGGGAAUUUAGAAGGCUAUAACUCUAUUUAGGAUUGCACUGAUUGUGUGCUCAUUCACCAUCAUUUUAAAUAUUCUUUGUCAUUUUUUAUGUUGAUUUGAUAGUAAAUGAAACUACUUUUAUGUUCAUACAGUCAUGUGCUAGUUAUUGCUUGGAUGUCUUCUAGUACAUUGUUUACAUUUCUUAUUCAGUGUAUACUGGCCUACAUUUAUUUGAUGUCAGACAGAUGUAAUGUUCCAUGCUAAAAAAAAUUCCUAAUUACUGUUGAAAUAGAAUGUUACGUUUACUGUUGAAAAUAGAAUAUUAAGUAAUCGAUGAAGAGCAAAGCAGGUGAUGGUUCUGACAUGACUUAGGUGUGGAAAUUUCCACUUCAAACCCAAAGUGGUCUCUGCCUUCUCAGAUCUGCAUUGUCAAAAUGAGCCACGUUACCUUCCAUUCCAGACUUAAUUGGAAACAGAUUCCUUUCAUCUGACUGCUUACUUCCAGGUGAACAUGUUCUUAUAAACUGUGGAUCUAGUACCCACAUAUUUGGCCAAAGUUAUUUUUUAAAAUCCAGCUGUUUAAUAUUUGGCUGCAAUCCUCUGCCCAGUCUCAAAUGAAUGAGUCCCAGCACAAUUCAUGGAAUGUAAGUUAAAACUAAUUACACUGUUGGUGUAUAUAAGGAAAAAAUAUUGUGUAACAACAAUAUUCUCUGUAUAAACAACAUAGCACUUUAGUAGCUUAACAGUUGGCAGUAAAGGUAAUUAAGAUGUAUCUACUGUGAAUAUUUUACCUGUUUUUUUCUGUUACAAGUUUGCUGUUGUCAUAGCUUUGAUUGUUUUUAUUAGAUUAUACUUUUUUUGCUUUUGCCAUCAUAUACUUGAAUGUGUAUGUAUGUACACACAAACAUGUAUGUGUAAUAGAUAUAAGAUUGAGAAUCCAAGGAGUCCCAUGAAUACACCAGGAUGCUCUUCAUGUUUCUGUUUAAUGUCUUGUGCUGUGUUGGAUGCCCACUCUGAUAAUCCUCCAACUUUUAGAAAUGACUACUUGCUGGGGGAAGCUCUGUUGCUUCUGCUGUGGACUCUGCCUGAGAUUUUUUUUAGUAUAUUAUGUAUGUUUGACUUAUUGAAACACAAAGUACAGUUUGAAAGAUGUGAUGGCUCGUACUUAAGAAGUUGAAUAACCGAUGUACCUGGUUCAAGAACCUCGCAAUGAGAAGAAGCCUCCAUCUGGUUGUAGCAACUGUUGAUUCUGACCAGCUACAGAGACUCAGAGCAUAUUUGCUCCUCCUUUGACAAAAUGUGGAUUUUUAUAGGCAGUCAAGAACAAGGAAAGCACUCUCUUUAGACAUCUAGUGUGAGCCAGAGCGGUGUAUCCAUGUCAUCUCACAGCUGCAGAAGUUUUUGUGUGUUUGGGUUACUCAAAGAAUUAGGUUUAAUGAACAGCUUGAUUAACUUGUGACACAGUUGGCAAGUAGUAUAAGAUUAUGUACAUUCAUGCUUACUCUACUGGAAAAGUACUUAAAUGUGUUAUGUUCCCAGAUGUUUAAAUUAUACUUCAUUUAAAUAAAAAGUCUUAUUUCAUUGA